CGCCACAAGAAUCGAGAGAGGGUAGGCGGCGUGGAAACGGCAAGCCGGCCAGCCCCAGAAGGCGGGAGCUUAAACUGGCCAAAGGCCAUUGCCCGCCGGGAAUCAAGCACGAGCCCAGCGCCGCAGCAGCCCGGCACCGAGAGCCGCCGCUCUCCGUGAACGAAAGAGCAGAGCGCACGCGCAAACCCGCCCUGCCAGCGGAGCGGAGAGGCCCCCUCAGCCGGCCGGGCCUCGCCUCAAGCCCUCAACGAUCCGCACUGCCCAGUCACCCGCGCCUUGUCACCCCGCCGGGCUUUCCCCGCCCCGUCUGUGCGCUAGCUUAUCGCGGCUGCGCACGCAGAGCCUGAGCGGGCGCCAGCGGGAAGGGGAAGCGGCGGGGACCAGAUUAUGGGCAACAGUCCUUUUAAUUAAUCUGUCAUCAUCAUGGCUAAUGAGGGCUGUGCCAAGGCUGGUGAUAGUCCUUUUUCAUCAGAUAAACAUGCUCAACUCAUCUUGGCCCAGAUCAAUAAAAUGAGAAAUGGACAGCAUUUCUGUGAUGUGCAGCUGCAAGUUGGAAAGGAAACUUUCAAAGUUCAUCGGCUGGUUUUGGCUGCCAGUAGUCCUUACUUUGCAGCUUUGUUCGCUGGAGGAAUGAAAGAGUCCUCAAAAGAUGUUGUACAGAUUCUAGGAAUUGAAGCUGGAAUCUUUCAAAUACUUCUAGAUUUCAUUUACACAGGUAUAGUGAACAUAGGAGUGAAUAAUGUCCAAGAGCUGAUUGUUGCAGCAGACAUGCUACAGUUGACUGAAGUUGUUAAUCUUUGCUGUGAAUUUCUGAAAGGACAAAUUGAUCCACUGAACUGCAUUGGGAUCUUUCAGUUCUCUGAGCAGAUUGCCUGCCAUGAUCUUUUGGAAUUUACAGAAAACUACAUUCAUGUCCAUUUCUUGGAGGUUCAUAGUGGGGAAGAGUUCCUGGCACUUACAAAAGAUCAGCUGAUCAAAAUUUUGCGAAGUGAAGAGCUUAGCAUCGAGGAUGAAUACCAGGUCUUCUUAGCUGCAAUGCAGUGGAUUCUGAAAGAUCUCGGAAAGAGAAGAAAACAUGUGGUGGAAGUGCUAGACCCAAUUCGAUUCCCUUUAUUACCUCCUCAGAGGCUUUUAAAGUAUAUAGAAGGAAUAUCCGAUUUUAAUCUUCGUGUUGCAUUGCAAACACUUUUGAAAGAGUACUGUGAGGUGUGCAAAUCUCCCAAAGAGAACAAAUUUUCUAGUUUUCUGCAGACAUCUAAGGUUCGACCUCGGAAGAAAGCAAGAAAGUACCUGUAUGCAGUAGGUGGAUAUACUCGGUUGCAGGGGGGUCGUUGGAGUGAUAGUAGAGCCCUCAGCUGUGUAGAACGUUUUGACACCUUUAGCCAGUACUGGACCACUGUGUCUUCACUUCAUCAGGCUCGAUGUGGACUGGGAGUAGCAGUUCUGGGAGGGAUGGUCUACGCAAUUGGAGGUGAAAAGGAUUCAAUGAUUUUUGACUGUACUGAAUGCUAUGAUCCAGUUACUAAACAGUGGACAACUGUAGCUUCAAUGAAUCACCCCCGCUGUGGCUUGGGAGUGUGUGUGUGUUAUGGGGCUAUCUAUGCUUUGGGUGGUUGGGUUGGAGCUGAGAUAGGGAACACCAUUGAACGAUUUGAUCCCGAUGAAAAUAAAUGGGAAGUAGUUGGCAACAUGGCUAUGUCACGCUACUACUUUGGGUGUUGUGAAAUGCAAGGUUUAAUUUAUGUGAUUGGGGGCAUCAGCAAUGAAGGAAUAGAGCUUCGUUCUUUUGAAGUUUAUGAUCCACUUUCCAAGCGUUGGUCUCCACUUCCUCCAAUGGGAACCAGAAGAGCAUAUCUUGGGGUGGCUGCACUCAAUGACUGCAUCUAUUCUAUUGGAGGGUGGAAUGAGACACAAGAUGCUCUUCACACUGUAGAAAAAUAUUCCUUUGAAGAGGAAAAGUGGGUUGAAGUUGCUUCAAUGAAAGUGCCUAGAGCAGGCAUGUGUGCUGUGGCAGUCAACGGGCUUCUGUAUGUUUCUGGAGGUCGAUCUUCCAGUCACGAUUUCUUGGCCCCAGGUACCUUGGACUCAGUUGAAGUUUAUAACCCUCAUUCAGAUACAUGGACAGAAAUUGGUAACAUGAUCACCAGUCGUUGUGAAGGAGGUGUUGCUGUACUAUGAAAUAGUAAGCGUAAGAGAGCACAGGCAACAUUUUGAAAAUACGGGAUCUCACCUUUUGCAAAUCACACUUGUGUUUGGUGAUAGGACCCUUUCAUCUGUUGAGUUUUCUGUGAAUUUGGUAGAUAAAUGAGUAAAAAAUGAUUUUUUUAAAGAAUUUGAGUGAGAAGCGAUAUGGAAUAUAUCCUAAAUCAAUAAAGAGUUCACACAAAUUUGCCAAGCUUACCAGUACAUAUGCUGUUUAUGCUCUAGAAUUGUCCAAUUAGGAGUAGAGUCCUAUUUGUAAAAAUGAUUUGCUAGAAGCUUCUUGGCAAAUAGUCCCUUUAGCUGCUUCUCCAGUGCAGUUAAGCUGUAACAUGACCAUUGUGUCAUUUAAGAAUAUCAAUGAGACAGUUUAAAGAUAUCUAUACAUUCAUGAUUCAAUCCAGAGUGCAAUUUUCCAUGGUCAUAGUUUACCCUACAAAGAAAAGCCAAUGAAGCAACUUCCUACUUUUAUUUUAUUCCAGGAGUUUUCACUAGUCCAAAACUUUUUAUUAACAGCAGGAAAACUGGGAGGGACAUGUGGGAAAUAUAUAGCUAUUUAUAUAUAUAAGUUUUCACCUGUUGAUAACAGCAUAAAAAAGCUUUUGCUCACUUAUGGUUUUGUCUUGAUGCUGGAAUGCAGAUGAGGAAUUAAUAGGAGGUUCUUAGUGACAGUCCUUUAUUGCAAUAGGAUGAUGUAAUGGGUGAUAGAGCCCAGCAGGUUGAAUGCACCUUUUUCUAAAUAGUUACCAAAAAUACGUUUAGCUUUGGGAAGAGGGAAUUUAUUAGAUUAUCAAGCUUGGUAAAGCAUACUCACACUUGGGCAAGCCUAAAUAUGAGUUUAGUACAAAGCUGCUGCCUGGCUUGGAGAAGAUGGAAUUGUAGGUACCUGUAAAACUUUUUACAGAUACUAACUCAUAAGUGUACGCUGAAAGGCCUCUGACCCAAAACUGCUUCUCAAAACUUCUCAUUUUCCCUGAGAAGCAGUCUAAAGAAUUGUUUUCUGUCCAUUUCUGAGACGAAGAUUCUUUGUGUACAUGAUCAUCACUUUUAAAUUAUUUCUACUAGUCAGUUGGAGCCAUAUAUAUUAAAGGUCUUAUACAUUUAGGUUUACCUGGCUGUUCCAGGAUUUGAUUUGUAUAUCCCUGAUUUCCCCUUUUCUGUACAAUCCUCCAGUAUAUUAUAGGCAUCAGUGGCUUAUUUAGAUAGAAAACCUUUGGUAAGCAUUAAAGACUCAGGCAGCACUCAUAUCCAAAAUAUUUGGAUAGACUCACAAAGAUACUUUCCUUCAUAACUUAACCAUAUGCAUAUAUUAAGAAAAGCUUACGUAGUGCAGACAGAAAGCUCUGUAUCCCAUUCUUUGGGGUACCCUGAAAGUCUGAAGGGUCACAGAUGCCUGGCUGGGAUCUGUAAAAUGUCAAGGAAUGAAGUAUCAAGAUAAUUUGUAAACUAUUUGAGUUGUAACUCAUGUGCCUUUAAUAUUUCUAGUUAAAGAGAAUCUGCAUUCUGGUUCAAGAGAUUUACAAAUUUUCCUAUCAUUUAAUUUUCAUUAUUGCCUGAUGCCAACCUAAAAUGGCACUAUGAAGGGAGGCAUUUUGUACUGCUGUGGCAGAAAUGUAGUCAACACAAUCAGUGUUUGGGCCUAAUAGGUCCAGACAAUGCCUGAAAAUAAGUAAUUAUAAAUAUGAUUAUUUCCUAGGUAAUGACAGAUUGUUUUAAAAAGAAUGUACUAAUAAAGUAUCUUGAUUUCUUUG